AUGGCGGUUUAUGUUGACGUGAACCUCGACCGAAGUUGGAAAAUGUUAUUUCCGUUAAUCGUUAGCGCCUUUAUGUCCACAGUGGCGUACAUAAUAACGGUGCGCCUUAUUCCCAAACUUAGAGACAUGUUUAUCAAAGCUAACCUUUUCGGGAUUGACAUGAGCAAAACAACUAGUGAAAAAGUGCCUGAAUCUUUGGGUGUUGUAACAGGAUGUACGUUUUUGAUAACAAUGUUUUUAUUCAUUCCUGUACCUUUUGGAAGUAGUUUGUUUGAUGAUGAAAGUUUUCCGCACGAUGAGUUCGUGGAGUUGAUAGCAGCAUUGUUGUCGAUUUGUUGCAUGUUGCUGCUGGGGUUCGCUGAUGAUGUUUUGGACCUAAGGUGGAGGCACAAACUGCUGUUGCCCACAAUCGCGUCUCUGCCCCUUCUGAUGGUCUAUUAUGUUAAUUAUAAUUCCACGGUGAUCAUAGUUCCAAAGCCGUUAAGGGAAAUUUUCGGUUUCUCAGUCAAAGUGGGGAUUUUUUAUUAUAUUUACAUGGGGAUGUUAGCGGUGUUUUGUACCAACGCUAUUAAUAUAUUGGCUGGAAUUAAUGGACUUGAAGUGGGGCAAAGCGUCAUCAUUGCUAUGUCUAUAGCAAUGUUCAACCUUGUUGAACUUUCAGGAAGCUUGUGGAAGGCUCACCAGUUUAGUUUAUACUUCAUGUUGCCAUACAUAGGAACCACUUUAGCUCUCCUCAAACAUAACUGGUACCCAUCGCGGGUCUUCGUUGGAGACACUUUUUGUUACUUUUCGGGGAUGACCUUCGCCGUUGUUGGAAUUCUAGGUCACUUCAGUAAAACCACGCUUUUGUUUUUUAUACCUCAAGUGUUUAAUUUCUUGUAUUCAUUUCCACAACUCUUUCACUUUAUUCCAUGCCCGAGACACAGGCUGCCAAAGUUUAAUUCAAAAAUCGAUAAAUUAGAAAUAAGUACAACAAAGUUUCGUUAUUCAGAUUUAAGCAUUUUAGGUAAAUUUAUAAUAAACUUGUUCCGAGUUUUCAGAUUAAUUCAGUGGCAUGAAAAAGAAGAUUAUGUCAUUACUAAUAAUUUAACUUUGAUUAAUUUGGUUCUCUUGUAUCUGGGGCCUCUUCACGAGGCCAAGUUAACACUUAUAUUGUUAGGUAUACAAAUUUUAUGCAGUCUGUUGGCUUUUGUUAUUAGGUAUCCGCUAGCGUGGAUAUUUUACGAUGUGUAGGAUUUGCUUGAUGGACAGUUUUAUUAUAGAAAAAAAAAACAAAUAUCUUUUGUAUAUAGAUUAUUUUUACCAAGACUGCUUUACAUGUUUCUUGUUAUGCAGAUUUUAUUUAAUAAACAUUUGUUGAAAAAAUCAC